AUGAGACUCUUCGGCAAACCUUACUUUGAAUCCUGCACAUCCCCAACCCAUUUCAACUACGCCGAUUUUCUAUCCUGGAACCGGGCCGACUCUUCCUUAACAAAACAAAAGGCACGCAACUACUGGAAGAACGCCAUCGACAAGUUCGAAAAGAGCACACUCCAGGUUCUACAGGAUGCCGCGAGGAAGAUGAAUAAGGAGUGGACGACUGGGGAACAUAUCCAGUUUGAGGAAGAUUUCUUUGGGCAGCAGGUGGAGGAAAGAAAGUUGGAAAGGACGAGGAGGAAGGUGCAUCAGGUGGUGGACCAUGUUAUUUCGAAGAGGCAGCGGUUGAGGUAUCAAGAGGAGGGGUUGGUGCUUGAUAAGGCGUUGGCGCAGACGAGGUCGGAUGAGGACGGGGAUGUGGAGGACAAUGGAGAGAGGCGGCAUCAGAAAAAGGAGCAGCAGCAACAGCGUUUAUAUCAGGUUGAGGAAGAUCGAUUGUCGUCAAGGACGGCAGAGGAUGACCGGACCAUCCAUUCACUCGAUCUCUUAUCAUCCGACUCGAUCGAUCCAGACUAUCAUGCAGGCAACGUAUCGGUCAGCUCGGUCGACUUUUCGGACAUUACACCUCUGCUAAUGGACUAUUUGGUCGGUCCAGGAUCAGUCAAUGCCAGCCCCUCAGGAGAGUCGUUUUACAUUGUCGACGGCGUCAACAUCUCAAAGACACUGUUUGCCCUCAGGAAAGAGAAUGUCUUGACCCACGCCACCAUGACCUACGCGGACGGCACCGACAUCAUGUCACUCAACUUUAUUUUUUUCGACAAACGCCUCGGACCACUACGGGAUGAGCGGAAGAAACGCUGGAGCAGGAGCCUGACAGAGGAGGAAUCUGGGUUGGUAUGCAAGAUGGCGGAGGAGUUUUGUGGGAAAGAGUUUGACGAGUGUGAGCUGGCAAUGCGACAGCUCUCAGGCACAGCAUCGGCGACAGUACUUCGAUCCAGGAUAUACAGCUACAUCCUCAACCUGCUGUCGUCACGGUUCCUUUGGCAAACACCACCAUUCUUUGACAGGACCAAUGAGGAUACAUUCACAGAUCGAUACUACCGGCCCUGGAUCAACGCCUUCUUUGGAGACCUCGACGGAGCAGCACUGCAUUGGGGUCGGGACCGCCUAGAGUGCGGCGAUGGAGUCAGCCAAGAAGUUCUCAUCCCCGAUAUGAUGGUCACCACAACCCACCAACCCCAGCGAACAGUCCUCCUCUGCGAGAUCAAAAAAGUCGGCAGCUCCCAACAGGACAAACAACGAGACGUUGUCAAACUCUUUAUCGAGAUGAAACGCAGUCUAGACGGCCUACUUCGCGCAGGAGUAGACGGCAAAGUGAUUGGGAUCCUGGGUCAGGAUUUCCGAGUGGACGUAUGGAUGAUGGACCUUCCCUACGAGGCAAUAUACCUCCCAACACAUCUCGGGUCAUUUGAUAUCCUGUUCUCAAGGUAUCAAAUCGGGUCGCUUCUGGCGAUGGCCCCACCUUUGCUGGCUGCUCGCGAGAUUAUAAAGUCGACAUUGGAGGAUGUGAAGGCGUUGAGGAGGAGACAGAGACCUGUUAAGGAGACUUGGGUGCGCGGCACGUUCAAUGUCCAGCCCAAUGUCGUCAUUUCCGCAGACUAA